AUGCGUAAAGUAUUUCAAGGAGAUACUCUCUCUCCACUUUUGUUUCUACUCUGUUUCCAACCAAUUGUCUCCCUCUCUAAUUCACUCUCUACCUGUGGAUUUCAGAUGAAACUGCCUAUUACUAACUCUAUUGGCCUACCUUGUGUUGGAUCAUAUGUUUAUGUAGAAUGGAACGAACCCGAUUCUCUAGAGCCGUCAGGCUGGUACCAUUGUCAAGUGAUUGAGUAUGAAUCAGAUGGAAAGGCUCUGCUGAGUUAUAGAGAUGGUGCAACUGAGGUUCUAGACCUAAGGAAAGCAAGAUGGGAACAUACUAGGAAGAAUGGCAAAGCCUUUCUCCCUUUUGAUGUAUCACCUCCAACCUAUCAACUAAAGAGAGUCAGACAAGACUCCAAGUUACCCAAAUUUACUCCUUCAACUCCACAACGGGUCAAAGCUUAUGCUGAUGACCUUACUCUAAUUUCUAAGAGUAAAGUAGACCAUCAGAGUGCUCUGAAGGAAGUAGACAAUGCCUGUAGAGAACUUGGCUUGGAGUUUCGACCAGACAAAUGUGUCUCUUACUGUUUUGAUGGCGAAAAACCUCUCCCCCACACUGUCUUCAACCUCAAUGAUGGUAAAACUCGUAAUAUCUCCUCGGGUCCUACUAAAUUUCUUGGGGAAACCAUCGGACUAACACCUACUCUAUCUAAAAGAGCUGCCACAAAGAAAAUCACAAAGAAACUUUAUGACGCUUUGUGUGCUAUAGAUUCGCGUCCUAUUAGAGGGGAAUACAAGGCUUGGAUUUACAAAUCCUACUUGGCCCCCGCAAUUCAAUUUCACCUCUCUGUUGAUAAAAUCUCUGCUGGUGUGACUAAGAAGAUCCAACGUCGGGCUACCUCUCUACUAAAAAAGUGGCUUAAAAUUCCUAGAUGUGCCACUUUAGCUGUCCUCUUUCACCCUGAGAUUUUAAACAUACCAUAUUUACCCCAUUUACUAGAAAAGUCGAAACUCCGCUUCUUAUCUCUACCAUCUCUCUCUCAUGAUCACAAUAUCAAGUCACUAUCCACUCUUAUCUCCGAUCCGAAAUUCUUGGAAAGUGAGAAUGUCCCACCUAAAGUAGCUGAAAUUAUUUCCACAAGCAAUCCUCCCAAUAAAUUGAGUGAGUUAAGACUACUACUUAAACAAUUACGCACUUCUCAUAUAUUUGAGUGGAAUUCAAGUCUAGAGUCUCUAACUGUCCAAAAUAAACUACUUGAUAUUAUUCCACUAGAGUCUGACUCAAAGGUUUGGUCUAGAGUAAUUACUGCUCUUCCAGCUGGACAACUAUCGUUCAUUAUUCGUGCAGGUAUUGACUGCUUACCAACCCCAAUGACCUUGUGUCGUUGGAAAUACCGCACUGACUCAUCUUGUGGUCUUUGUAAUGCUCCACAAUGCACUGUAAAUCAUAUCCUGAGCUGUUGCCCUACUAGUUUAUUACAAGGUCGCUAUACUUGGAGACAUGAUACUGUUCUUAAAAGAUUAUACAAUCUGUUGAGGGAUAACCUAGAUGAGUCAGUUACGAUAUUUGCCGAUCUUAAUAAUCUCAGAGCUUCAGAUACCCCUCCAGCCACCAUCCCAUUAAAUAUUAUAGUCACAACAGCUAGACCUGACAUUGUGAUCAUUGAUG